CCUUCUUCCACCAGCCGAGCAGUCUGAUUCACUUUGAUUUGGAUUCUUUCAUGCUUCUCUGUGUGUCACUCCUUCAGCACGCCGGUUGACCAGGCGCCUGUAAUUGUUGUCUUCUCGCCCUUCAUUGAACUGUCUCCCCUGUCGGCGACAUCAACUUGACCUGGUUAUCUUCAUCCCUUCACCAACCAUCUUGUGCACCGCGCAAAAUGAUUCGAUUCUUGAUUUCCGUAACAAUCGCCCUCGUUUCUUUCCUAUCACAAAAUGCAGCAAGUAUUGCUCUCAAUGUUGAUGACACACAAUCCAUCCUUGAGGCGGCGUCCUUAACGGCCCGGGGCGUAAUCGACCUGUAUAAUGGCAAUCAGACUGGGGGGAUUCUCGGAAAAUGGCCCUUUCCGCCCUACUACUGGUGGGAGAGUGGUGGCGCAUGGGGUGGUUUGAUGGAAUACUGGCACUACACCGGAGACGACAGCUAUGUCAAUGUUACGCAACAAGGACUCAUUGCUCAACUUGGCCCCAGAUAUGACUUCAACGUGCCUGCCGAAGCCUUCGACACCGGGAACGACGACCAAGCCUUCUGGGUCUUUGUGGCCAUGUCCGCCGCCGAAUACUCCUUCCCUCAGUUGGCCGCGCCCUACCCAUCCUGGCUUCAGAUUGUCAAUAAUGCCUGGGAGGAUUAUGUCUCUCGCUGGAAUUCUUCUCUGUGCAACGGAGGUUUGAAAUGGCAGUUCAAUCCGUCGAACGCAGGUUACUAUUACAAGAACAGCGUCUCUAACGGCGCCUUCUUCCAGCUCUCGGCAAGGCUGGCAAGGUUUACUGGCAACCAAACAUAUGUGCACUGGGCAGACACAAUCUGGGAUUGGGCGUCAGGAAUUGGCUUGGUGGACAACAUCUACAAUGUCUUUGACGGGACUGAUGAGCUUAUCAACUGCACUGGAGUUGACCACCACCAGUGGACUUACAACGUCGGUGUCUUCCUGUAUGGUGCGGCUGUGCUGCAGAACUACACCAACGGAUCCUCGCCUUGGAUCGAACGGACCGCUGGCCUACUUGACUCAACCAACACAUUCAUCGGCCCUUUCCGCAACGCAUCCAAUGUCCUGUUCGAAGCAGAAUGUGAGCUCUCCAUGACCUGCAAUGUCGACCAGCUGUCAAUGAAGGCCUAUCUCGUUCGUUGGAUGGCCGCGACAUCAAAGAUGGCGCCUUUCUCGGCAGGUCGAAUCGGUGAGGUUCUUCGGGCCUCUGCGCAAGGUGCAGCGGCGGCAUGUACAGGAGGUGCGAGCAACAAUACCUGUGGAAGUAAGUGGUAUAUUGAGGGAUGGGAUGGGACAAGCGGACUCGGUCAACAGCUCUCGGCGAUGGAAAUCAUGUACGCACUCUUGGUCAACCAAACCAAUCCACCCGCUACAUACCCGAACGUCUCAAUCCUGCCUGCUCCACCAUCGCCAACAAUCACCGUCUCUGCGACCGAAAGUCUGCCUACGGCCAGUGGCGUCGCCCGUCCGCUUCACGAUGGAGCAGCACUCAUUCAAUCCAAGGCCCAGAAUAAGAUUCGGCCUCUUGUCGCGGCUCUUUUCACCUCAUUAGCAGUCAUGUGA